AUGCUCAACGACUUUUCGACUGGUCACGUCCUAUCUCAUCCUCUGUUCUUGGUCACCUUCGCUCUAGCUUUCCCAGCAUGGAUCAUCGCCUUUGCCGGUCAAAUCGCAGCCGAGGCUCAGUUUGACUCUUCAAUAAGGGGCAAUAGCGAGCCCGUCUGUAAAUACCUUUGGUACAGCAUUUGGAUUCAACUAGCUGUCACGAUUCAUCUUUUCCUCGCUAUCUGUACCGAUCAGCUUGCCAUCCAUCGCUUUCAGAUCGCAGUCUUCGCAGCGAUUGCUGAAGUUUUCUCCAUAUACGGUGCUAAUUUCCUCUUCGACUCGGCGGGCUCUCUGAUCUCAGUCGGCGUCGGCUGGCUCCUCAUCGCCAUCGUUGAUCUAAUCUGGAUACUUUACCUCACCUCAGAGGAAGGGACACUUUUCCACAAUCUUCUCAGUUUUGGGGGCAGGGGCGGAGCAUCCGUCGGGCCGCGACACAGCGUUCGAACACCCAAAGGUGUAGCGAAUUACGAGGCAGAUAGCGGUCUGGGCGCCGGUGUGGCCAGUAGUGGCAACGGAAACAUCACUGGACAGAACGGUGGCGCGUAUGCUUCGGUGCCUGCGGCCAACACUGCCAUUCCAUAUGGUUCUGCUGGACCUGAACAUGGAGCGCCCCAAUUCGGACAAGUCGGCGAUCUUAGCGGUCAACCUACAGACACCGUGCAGCAUCCGACGGUCCAGCGAGCAAAAGCGAUGUAUGCAUACAACGCUAAUCCGGAUGAUCCAAACGAAGUCUCAUUUGCCAAAGGCGAUCUUCUCGAAGUCAUUGACAACACCGGCAAGUGGUUCCAAGUCCGCACACCGAGUGGACAGACUGGAAUCGCCCCGUCCAACUAUCUCACGAUGCUAUGA